AUGGCCACAGACGAGAAGCCAACCGGCGAAUAUCGCCAAUACCUGCCCGACCUGAAUCUCACGCGAUUCCAGGUGAUGUGCACCCAGGAUGCGCAUGAAUACGCACACGAGUUCAAGACCGGGAAGCAGCCCCCGUGGCUACAUGCGCUUUACAUGUAUUGGCUGGAGCUGCUACAAGAGCCCUUCAAGGGUGUCACCACGGAUGGCAAGGUCCGCCCCGACCUCUUCACAUUGCAAGAUGAAGAUGUUCCAAUUCAGCAGAUUGUGGAUGCGACACAAUCAAUGCUAGGUUUGCUGGAUGAUAAGCAAAAAGAAGCCGUGAACUACCACAUCGACUCCCCGCAAUGGCGCACCUGGUCAAACCCGGAGUUCCUCCUCGCGCACAAGGGCGUGCGUCUGGAUGAAGUCAAUGCGCCAGUGCGCGAUGCCGUUAUGAACGUGUUGAAGACCACUCUCUCGCCGGAAGGUUAUGAAAAGGCCGUGAGCGCCAUGCGCAUCAACCACUUCCUCGGUGAGCUGGUCAAGUCACCACGCGUCAUGAACGAAUUCUCCUACAACUUUGUUCUCUUCGGUCAACCUUCUACAACCCGACCCUGGGGCUGGUCCUUCUACGGUCAUCAUCUGUGCUUGAACAUCUUCCUGUAUAAGGGCCAGAUUAUCGCGUCCCCCUGGUUCACCGGUGCCGAACCAAACGAAAUCGACGGCGGUCCAUAUGCCGGCACCCGCAUCAUGCAAACGGAAGAGAAACUCGGUCUCCAGCUGAUGCAGUCUCUCUCCGCCGAGCUGCAGUCCAAGGCUCGUGUCUUCGCACUAAUGAAAGAUCCCGCCAUGCCGCCUGGUCGUUGGAACAAGGAUGACCAGCGUCACUUGUGCGGCGCGUAUCGCGACAACCGCGAGGUCCCAUACGAGGGCAUUUUGGCCUCAACAUUCAGCGACGAGCAAAAGAGCCUUAUGUACGGUAUCCUCGAACAAUAUUUGCUCUAUUUACCGGCCAAAUCACGCGCCUUGAAGAUCGAACAGAUUCGCCGCUGGGAGGCGGAGACUUACUUCUGUUGGAUUGGUGGCUAUGGCAACGAAGAUCCCUUCUAUUACCGUAUCCAAAGUCCCGUCAUCCUGGUCGAGUUUGAUCACCACUCCGGCGUCUUCUUGAACAACGAGGAACCGAAGAAGUUCCACAUCCACACUUUGCUGCGAACGCCAAAUGCUGGUGAUUAUGGACAGGCGCUACGCGCACAGGUCCCGGCUAUUGAAGGCCUGAAUGGCAAGGAAAUUGUUUGGUAG